AAUAAAUAACAACCGUCACAAGAACUUCAGGUCAGGGAGUAACUGGCUAACUUUCUCGAAAAACCAAAGGGCAUGGCAGAGAAGGAAGAUUUAUUCCUCCGAGCCAAACAUCGGACCUUUAGCGGACUGACUGAAGAUGCAGAGCGGAACUGGACCGGACCUUUCUGCUUCAUCCAAGCCGCAGACCCCCAGCUAGGGCUGAUGAAGUCCUGGAGGGUAGGUGACUGUGACAACGGAGGAGAUGAGUGGACUGAAGAAGUGGAGCUUACCAAACAGGCUGUGGAGGCUGUAAACCGUCUGCGACCCAGGCCGAGGUUCAUGGUGCUGUGUGGUGACUUGGUCCAUGCUAUGCCAGGAACACAGUUCAGAGAAGAUCAGGAGCGAGACCUGAGGGAUGCCUUAAAGGGGGCGGAUCCCUCCAUCCCGCUUGUGUUCGUCAGCGGGAACCAUGACCUUGGUAAUACCCCGACUCCCAGCACAGUGGAGCAGUACUGCACAGCCUGGGGUGAUGACUACUUUAGCUUCUGGGUGGGUGGUGUCCUCUGCCUGGUUCUUAACUCCCAGUUGUUCUUCGAUGCCUCGGCCUGUCCACAGCUGAAAGAGGCACAGGAAACGUGGCUGGAAGCCCAGCUGAGCAGGGCCUCCUCUAUGACGGAGCCAAAACCAAAACACAUCCUGGUUUUCCAACAUAUUCCGCUGUACUUAAAGAACCCUGAUGAAGACGACAACUACUUCAACCUGCAGACAGACGUUAGGCAAAGACUAAUGGACCGAUUCAAAAGGGCAGGUGUGAAGGCGGUCUUCACAGGCCAUUAUCACCAGAACGCCGGCGGCUGCCAUGACGGCCUGGACAUGGUGGUGACCUCAGCAAUUGGCUGCCAGCUCGGUAAAGACACCCACGGCGUCAGGGUGGUGGUGGUGACUGCAGACUCCGUGGUCCACCGUUACUACAGCCUGGAACAGCUGGGAGCCCGGGGCAUGGACCAGGACCUCAGGGAACUACUGCAGGCCUAAGAAUAUUGGAGGAUGCUUUAUCAAACAAAUGUAUACUUUAAUAACUCAGAUGAUUUGUUAAAUGUUUCUGAGCUUGUCCUUCUAAACGUUUCCUCAUAUUGAUGUUUUAUUUACAUUAGAAAAAGAUCAUUUGAAAUACUUUAAAUAUGCAGAACCUCUAUAAUAUAUUGUGACAGUUUUGGUCUCUUUUGGCCUCUUUAAACUGGUAAGGAUAAAAAACAUCUAAUUUAGGUUAGGUUGGUCUGUGUCUCAUUCCUCAUGUUUAGUAUGGGGAGGAUCUGUGGAGCUCCAUUAAAUGGUCACCAAAGAGUAAUCUACAGAUUUCUCUCAGAGUUUUGCCAUAAAAAGCAGAAAACUCUGCUCUGUGUAGAGGUUGUGAUAAGAGUUGAUAAAAGGACUUCAAUGAAAUAAAAAAAAAAAACAUCAAAUCUGAUCCUUUUAAUUAUAACUUCUCUUCAUUUAACUUUGAUGCUGUAAAAUUUAAUUGGUACUACAUCUCGUUAUUAUGCUUAGAAAAGUGUAAAAGGAAAAUCUGAACCUCUCAAUUGAUUAAUGUCAUAACUUCCUACUUAUUCAGAAAGGACAUCAUCACCUGAGGUAUCAGCAGAAUAUAAGCCAGCAGAGCUUCUCAGAGUUGGACUUACCUGCAGCUGUAGUGACAUCAGCAGUGCUUUAAAACUCAUGCUGCUUGUUCUGAAUAUUAUGCUCAUUCAUCCAGUUAUUGAUGUGUGUGUUUAUGCAGAGCAGGUGUUUCCAGUGGAGUUUAAAACAUUUCCAGCAGGACUUUACCAUAAAACAAUAAAACCUCAUUUAAAGGAACUUUGCAGAGAGACACUGAGAUCCAGCUGUGAAAAUUUAAGGUUUUAUUUAGUUUUUUAUUGUUCUGAUUAUAUAUUAUAAGCAGAAGACAUCUUACCUGCUGUAGGCGAUUCUCUUGGUGCCAUCAUUCUGAUUCUGGAUCCAAAAGGGAUGCAGAGAUCAAAACGCACCUUCCAUCUUCAAAUGACUUCCAACAAAAAA